UUUGCUUUACUCUUAAUAACAAAACACACAAUGUCCAAUCCUCCUCUUGCUCAUUCCUUUUAUCUAUUUACCAUACUUACAAUUUUCACAUUAUCGAUAUUUUCUUGUUCUAUCGUGGCUGAAACCGAUCCAUUCUCACCCGCCGUGGCAACGUGGUAUGGCGAUUCUGCCGGAGCUGGUAGUGAUGGUGGGGCAUGUGGAUAUGGAAACGACGUAAAGAACCCUCCAUUUUCUGCAAUGGUAUCAGCUGGAAAUGGAAAUAUUUUUAAAGGUGGAAAAGGUUGUGGAGCUUGCUAUCAGGUAAUGUGCAAAGAGAAAUCAGCUUGUUCUGAGAUACCAAUAACAGUGACAAUCACAGAUGAGUGUCCAGGGUCUUGUGGUAAUUAUGGUGCUCCUUUUCAUUUUGAUUUAAGUGGUACUGCUUUCGGGGCAUUAGCUAAGCCUGGCCAAGCUGAUUUAUUGCGUGGAGAUGGAAUUAUCAAUAUUGGAUACAAAAGAGUGGCUUGCAAUUAUCCUCAAACAACAUUGACAUUCAAGAUGGAUCAAGGCUCAAAUCCUAGCUAUUUUAGUUGUGUGAUUGAGUUUGAAAAUGGUGAAGGAGAUCUUGGUUUAGUAGAGCUUCAAAGUAGUACUGGCUUAGUUAAUAAAUGGCCACCAAUGCAACAUUCAUGGGGUGCAAAUUGGAAAAUUGAGUUGCCUCCACAAAUAAAACCUCCAUUUUCCAUUAGGUUAACUACUUUAGAUUCAAACAAGAUACUUGUUGCAAACAAUGUCAUUCCACUUGAUUGGGCCCCUGGCCUAAUAUAUCAUUCACUUGUCAACUUUUGAUAACAUCUACUUUAUCAUAAUUAUAAAGUUCAAGCAAUUAAAGAAGUAAUAUAACUAUGAUGUCUUAUGUAUAGAAAUUGAUAAAGAAUAAUAUGAAAAAUAUUCUUCA